AUGGCCACCGACGCCCCCGCGAAAUUCCAGAAGCCGGAGCUGAUCCCGGUCCCGCAUCACCACACGGAGCACCACCCGGAGACCUCGGCCGCCGCGGUGUCGGCCCACGACGGGCUCCUCUUCUGGCAGUUCAUGAUCGGCGGCUCGAUCGCCGGCAUGGCGGUGCACAUGGCGAUGUCCAUGUCGGCGUCCAUAUUGGCCUCCACUUCUUCUAUCUCCUUCUAUAAAUCCGCAUUCUGGUGGUUCUCGUUGCAGGUUGUCGGCAGUAAGCUUAUCGUCUCUUUCUUAAAGUCCUUCAAAUCGUUUUAA